CUUUUCUUUUUUUUUUUCUUUUUUUUUCUUUUUCCUUUUUUUUCCUCUUCUUUUUUCAUUUUUUUCCUUGAUCCAAACCCUAGACCUCGACUCCGAUCUCCCGUCCCCAUCGCCGGGAAGUGGUUCGAAGGUUCGUCAAGGAAUGCAGCAGCAGCAACAGCAGAGGCUGAAGCAGCAGCAGCAGGCGUUGAUGCAGCAAGCGCUGCUUCAGCAACAGCAGCAGAUCUCGCUCUAUCAGCACACCGCUCUUCUCGCCGCUCAUCCCUCAGAUAGAGCCAAUGCCAAGUGGAAAUGUGCCUCCUGGCUUUGAUACCAGUACAUGCCGUAGUGUAUAUGUAGGAAAUAUUCAUAACAAUGUUUCUGAAGCCCUUCUUCAAGAAGUAUUCCAGAGUACUGGUGUUGUUGAAGGCUGCAAGCUCAUUAGGAAAGAGAAGUCAUCAUAUGGUUUUAUUGAUUACUUUGAUAGAAGAUCUGCUGCACUGGCAAUUAUGACUCUCAAUGGGAGGCAUUUGUUUGGCCAACCAAUUAAAGUUAAUUGGGCAUAUGCCAGUGGGCAGCGAGAGGAUACAUCAGGUCAUUUUAACGUCUUUGUUGGUGACCUUAGUCCUGAGGUUACAGAUGCGGCAUUGUUUGCAUGCUUCUCUACAUACACCAGCUGCUCAGAUGCAAGGGUUAUGUGGGAUCAAAAGACUGGUCGUUCUAGAGGAUUUGGUUUUGUUUCCUUCAGAAACCAGCAGGAUGCACAAAAUGCCAUAAAUGAGCAGACAGGGAAGUGGCUUGGUAGUAGGCAGAUUCGUUGUAACUGGGCUACAAAAGGAGCUGGAUCAAAUGACGAUAAACAAAGCUCAGAUUCCAAGAGUGUUGUUGAAUUAACUAAUGGAUCAACAGAAGAUUCCCAAGAGACCACAAAUGAUGAUGCGCCAGAGAAUAACCCACAAUAUACUACUGUUUAUGUGGGGAAUCUUGCGCCCGAGGUUAGCCAAACUGACCUUCACCGUUUUUUUCAUGCCCUCAACGUUGGCGUUAUUGAAGAGGUGCGUGUUCAGCGGGACAAGGGAUUUGGUUUUGUAAGAUAUAGUAGUCAUUCAGAAGCUGCUCUAGCCAUUCAGACUGGAAAUGCUCGGAUAUUCUGUGGAAAGCCAAUCAAGUGCUCUUGGGGCAGUAAACCAACUCCACCUGGCACGAGCUCGACACCUCUUCCCCCUCCUGCCCCUGCUCCUGCCCCGUUCCCAGGACUUUCUCCGACAGAUCUCCUUGCAUACGAACGUUCUCUAGCAUUAGCCAGGUUAAGUUCUGGCCAGGCACUGCUUCAGGGCCAGCAUGCUCACAAGCAACCUGCACUUGGGGUCGGUGCGGGAGCUAGCCAAGUUAUAUAUGAUCCCGGCUUUCCAAAUGUUGCUGCAGCCCAGCAGCAACUCAUGUACUACUAGAAAUCUAGUUAUAUCGCCGAUUGCCAGACUGGUCAUCUGAGUUACUCGCCCCUCCUUUUCUUCGUCAUCUCUAUUAUAUACAUGUAGUUUGCUAUUGCUGUACCCUUUGCAUGUUUCCCUUUUUCUUAUUGAAUGUAUCCAUGUAUUCAAAUUAGUAUUAAGUGUUUGCAGAGAUGAUGGAUGAUGACUUUUAUUUGGGGGAGCUUUCUUAUUUAUUUCUUGCUCAUAUAUUAUUUUC